CGGAAAGUUUAUGUGGACGGACUGUGCCAGCGAUGGGCGCGGGGUGAGUGGAGAAAGCCCGGGGCUCUCGACUGCAUUCCGUUGCUUGUUGGAGCUGCAGGAGAAGGGGUCAGGGGUGUGGAACAACGCACGGCCAGUGCCCGGCCUUCCCGCCGCCCCGGCGGUCGCCCCGCGCCGUCUCCGCGGCGCCAGUUCCGGAGCCCCGCUCCCGGCCUCCUCUCGCUCUGGGGCUCCGGGUCUCCGGCUCUGCGUAAACACCGGGAUUCGGCCCCCCGCCCAGGCCUCCCCGCCCCUUCUUCACAUAAGAGACUGCCAGAUCUCAGUUUUUUUUGACUGAUUUUAAGCAUUUCUCUAUUUAUAGCUAUCUGUCUGCAUUCUGAUUGGGAACAUUGGGAUCAUUUUCAUCAUGCCAACAGUGGUGGUAAUGGACGUAUCCCUUUCCAUGACCCGACCUGUGUCUGUCGAGGGGUCCGAGGAAUAUCAGCGCAAGCACCUAGCAGCCCAUGGUUUGACGAUGCUGUUUGAGCACAUGGCCACAAAUUACAAGCUUGAGUUUACAGCUCUGGUGGUUUUUUCAUCACUCUGGGAGCUGAUGGUUCCCUUUACAAGAGAUUAUAACACCCUACAGGAAGCACUAAGUAAUAUGGAUGAUUAUGAUAAAACCUGCUUGGAGUCUGCAUUAGUUGGUGUUUGCAAUAUAGUUCAGCAGGAAUGGGGUGGUGCAAUUCCUUGCCAGGUUGUUCUGGUGACGGACGGCUGUCUUGGCAUUGGCAGAGGGUCCCUGCGGCAUUCCCUAGCUACUCACAGUCAACGAAGUGAGAGCAACCGGUUUCCACUACCUUUCCCUUUCCCGUCUAAGUUAUACAUCAUGUGCAUGGCAAAUUUGGAGGAGCUUCAGAGCACUGAUUCCUUGGAUUGCCUUGAACGUCUCAUAGAUUUAAACAAUGGUGAAGGGCAGAUUUUUACUAUUGAUGGCCCUCUGUGCUUGAAAAAUGUACAGUCUAUGUUUGGAAAACUGAUAGAUCUGGCAUAUACGCCUUUCCAUGCUGUUCUCAAGUGUGGCCACCUAACCGCUGAUGUGCAAGUCUUCCCCAGGCCAGAACCUUUUGUUGUAGAUGAGGAAAUCGAUCCUAUCCCUAAAGUCAUUAACACAGAUUUGGAAAUAGUGGGAUUUAUUGAUAUAGCUGAUAUUUCAAGUCCCCCAGUUCUCUCCAGACAUCUGGUCCUACCUAUAGCGCUUAACAAAGAAGGAGAUGAGGUGGGUACAGGCAUAACUGAUGACAAUGAAGAUGAAAAUUCAGCCAAUCAGAUUGCAGGCAAAAUACCCAACUUCUGUGUCCUGCUCCAUGGCAGUCUAAAAGUAGAAGGAAUGGUGGCGAUAGUUCAAUUAGGUCCUGAAUGGCAUGGAAUGCUCUACUCGCAAGCUGACAGCAAGAAGAAAUCAAACCUCAUGAUGUCUCUCUUUGAGCCUGGCCCAGAACCUCUCCCAUGGCUAGGGAAAAUGGCACAGUUGGGUCCUAUUUCAGAUGCUAAAGAAAACCCUUAUGGUGAGGAUGACAAUAAGAGCCCAUUCCCCCUGCAGCCCAAAAACAAACGCAGUUAUGCCCAGAAUGUGACUGUCUGGAUCAAACCCAGUGGCCUGCAGACAGAUGUACAGAAGAUUUUAAGAAAUGCAAGGAAACUACCUGAAAAAACCCAGACGUUUUAUAAGGAGCUGAACCGUUUACGAAAGGCUGCCCUGGCCUUUGGUUUCCUGGACCUGCUCAAAGGGGUGGCUGAUAUGCUGGAAAGGGAAUGCACACUGCUGCCUGACACAGCCCACCCUGAUGCUGCAUUCCAGCUGACCCAUGCUGCCCAGCAGCUCAAGCUGGCCAGUACUGGCACCUCCGAGUAUGCUGGGUAUGACCACAACAUCACACCUUUGCAGACAGACUUCUCUGGGAGCAGCACUGAAAGAAUGUGAAGCUGACUUUGGGAGCCUGCCUUCUUUUUUCAUUUCAAGUGAAAAUGAUUUGGGAUAAAAACCUUUCUAGUCUGAUCACCUCUGCAACAGCCACCCAAAGACCUCCCUGAGGCUGCCUCACAAGCACCACUUGCUGGUCGGAAUGACUCCGCUACCGUCUGAGAAGGGUUCUGAAGGGUGUUGGGCUGCUUGGGCUUUGACCAUAGCUUUCUGAGGCUCAGAGUCUUUAAGCCCAAAAGACAACUGUUGCUCCCACGAUGGACACAUCUCCUGAGAAGCUUGAAGGACUAAUGAGCACAAAGCUUUCUCCACCUUCCUCAGGAAACCUAACCAGCAAGGGUUCUCUGGCUUUCUGAAGGCAUCUUCUCUUCUCUCCUCUCUCAACCAUAAGGACAUUUUCAAGCUUCUGUCCUUGAAACGAGCAACCCAGAAUGUCUGGGACUUGCUACGUACAAGCCCAACGCCACCAAGGUUUAGAACUUGAGCAAAAACUUGGUGGUAACUCUUAGGUGCUUUGGUAUGUCUUGAGACAGACUUUUAAACAGCAACCAUAAAUGUAUAAAAUGAUUCCCAUUUCUUCAAGGUUCUUUUUUAAUGAAAAUAAAAUAUUUGAUUUUCUAUAAAAUAGUUUCACAGGGAAACUACU